AAUUCAACGGUAACAUUGUUCAUAGGAGUCCAUAACAGGACCACACGAGUUAAUUUAACACCGAACGUGUUAUUGUGCAGUUUCCAUUAAUUUGACGUAGGUCAAAGCCUCUUUGAUAAAGACUAACCCAUAUGCAGCAGACAGUUUUCUGAUCCGUCUCCCUUUCAUAAUGGCUGUGACCUUUACCUUUUGAUCUUGAUAAUCUUUUGAUGUUCUGGACCUGGUCUGGGACACCGACCUCUCUUCGUAGUCACCUGUCUGAAUUAUCCCCCGAGAAUACGUUUUAGUAUUUAGUUUUCAUUACUUAGAUGACUCGGUUUCUGCAGCAAGGUACAUCGCAACGCUUUAAGACUGUAACCUACGCAUAUACUGUAUAUAGCGCACAGGCGAGAUACGGUUUUUAACAUUCUCGGGUUUAACUGUUAGCCUAAGCGCGUCAUGCGCGCUUUGCUAAACGAAACUGUAACCUGUAGUAGAUCAAGAGAUCGGAUGUGGAGAUACUAGUCAGUCCAGGUUGUGGGCUAGUCACCGGAAAGUUAUUUCGGUGCCACCUGUCUGGUGUUCCUGAGUGUCGAAGGGAGCAGGACCUAUCUUUAUUACACUUUACUUGUACGCAAACAAGACGUUUCCUUGACUGGACACUGUGAAGUUAUAUACUGUUCUCGCAGGGUCGGUGGAAGAUACAGAAGCUGUCAGAUCGCAUGGUUUAAUGGCCAAAUCAUCACGUUUCAACUUAUUUAUUGCGAGGGCGGUGCUGUUGACGUGCAAGCGGACUCAGAACUCACUGGUGCUGUAACUGAUUCCCAGUUUUCCAACCAGUCGGAACAGACGUAGCCUAGCUACUGCAGGAGAGUGGAAAUUGUAGCGCUCUCGCGGAUAACACCAAUUUAAAUCCCAGGACGGAAAAAAAACUAGACUAGCCUAUUGCGAACCACGUUAGAAGAGCCGACGACAACAUCCGACCGGUGGACUGGGACUUGAGGACUUGGGCGCCCGCUUGCUCCAGUCUGUCGCAUGUAUUGCUAUUCUAUUGAACAGACUGACAGUUCUUUUUAAAACGUGGAGGGUGCGUGGUCAUCCGUCGCUUUAUUCCAGAGUUAUUUUUUUUAAUGUUCAUGUUUUUUCAUAUAUGUGGAAAGGUGCCACAGGUUUCAAGAUGUGCUUUUCAAUGAGACACUGGCUGCCGAGUCCUACAGAAAUUUAAACUUGUUUUUCAGCAUUUGGAAAAUUUUUAAUUUUUUUAUUUCCAAAGAUACGCCAGUAUUUCCACAUUAAUGACACAGGGUACCGAAAUGGCAAAAGAACUGAAACCAAGGCUCUGUGUGAUGCUUAAGGAGGACGGCGGGUAUGGGUUUCACUUGCACGGAGAGAAGGGCAAGAGCGGCCAAUUUAUUCGUAAAGUGGAGCCCGCUUCGCCCGCCGAAGCCGCGGGUCUGCGCGCAGGAGACCGAGUUGUGGAGGUGAACGGCGACAAUGUGGAGCGAGACACGCACCACCACGUGGUCCAGCGGAUCAAGGCGGUGGAGGACGAGACCAGGCUGCUGGUGGUGGACGCCGAGACGGACGCGUACCUGCGGAGCCUGAGGCUCACCUGCACGGAGGAGAUGGCCACCCGCGGGGCGAGCCUGUCGCCCGCCGCCACCCCGGCCACGCCCGGCAGGAAGCAGAACGGCUCGGUGUCCAAGGGCUCGGCCCCGCUGACCAGCACGGAGACGAAAUCCGGCAAGAGGUCCCUGUCCGUGAGCAGCAAGCAGGAGAGCCCCGCCCCCGGGAGGGAGCUCCACCCCCGGCUGUGCCACCUGCUGAAGGCAGAGAUGGGCUUCGGGUUCAACCUGCACAGCGAGAAGUCCAGACCGGGCCAGUACAUCCGCUCUGUGGACCCCGGCUCACCGGCCGAGGGGGCGGGGCUAAAGCCCAAAGACAGACUCAUCGAGGUGAACGGCAUCAACGUGGAGAACCUCCGGCAUUCCGAGGUGGUGGCGUGCGUCAGAAGCGGGGGAAUGGAGACGCGGCUGCUGGUGGUGGACCCCGAAACGGACGAGCAUUUCAAGAGGCUGGGCAUCACUCCCACAGAGAGCCAUGUUAAAGACAUCAUUUCUCAGCCAAUGACGAACGGAUCCCCUCGGCCUCAGACCAAUGGCAAGCCAGGACAGCAUUCCUCACUGAUCUCCCAGCCAGUCAUGAACAGGCCAGAUACAAGCACUAAGGUCUCUGCUGUGGAAGAGAUGCUGCAGCGGACCUCAUCGUCCCCUCGGGGAAACCUGGGGAGCCCAGAUACAGACAAACAGGCCCCGGUCCUGGUCCCAGUCCCGGUGGCCGACGUGCGGCUGCGGAGGGACAUCCCGGAGGAGAGCGACCUGCAUCUGAGCAACACGGCCGCCGAGGCCAAAAUUAAGGCCCUGGCCAAGCGCACCAAGAAGAGGGCGCCCCCUAUGGACUGGAGCAAGAAGCACGAGCUUUUCAGCAACUUCUGAAAAACCCCUCCCCUCGUCUCCCCACUCACAACCCAACCCCACCUCCCCACCCCCUCCUUGCCCUGUCCCUGCCCAAACCCCGCCUCCACCCCCUCCUUGCCCUGUCCCUGCCCAAACCCCACCUCCCCACCCCGUCCUUGCCCUGUCCCUGCCCAAACCCCGUCUCCACCCUCCUCAAGAGACAGUUUCAAAGAAGAGGGGACCCUUAUUUUCUAGAAAAGGAACGGAAAUUAAGAGGAAAAAAAAUGGAUAAAAUGUUUGAAGUCUUGUGGUUUGGAGACAGUGGACUGCAGAAAGGAAGCGCAAUCACUGCGGAUGUUAAACCCCCCCCCCAUCCCAACCCCCGACUCCUGACCAAUGCAUUUCAACCACAACACACAACACACACACACACACACACACACACACAGAGCAGGGAACAGACGGCCAUUGAAUCCGCUGAACAGCAGU